GCAAGGAAAAACCCUACCUAACCCCCAUUUUGAAAAUAAAAAUCCUUCCUUUAUCAUCUCCUCUUUGCCGGUUCCGAGCUCUGCGAAUCACGUCCUGAGCUCCGACCGGCUAGUAUCUCCGGUGAUCGUCGCUUCGAUUUCUUCUUCUCCUCCGAUGGCAUUUGCUCCAGUAGCAGCUCAGUCCGCCAUUAGGGUCGGGAAAGCAGAAAACGCGCGGCAAAUUGCUUUUCCCUUCGGAGGAGUCAGCAGGAGACAGAGCUUCCUCGUUCCCCGGCGCCGGCCCACGCUGGCCAUGUCUGCCGCACCAGCCCAGCAGCUUGAUCUUCAAAUGCCGGCUUCGAAGAAGCUGGACUUGCCUGUCAUGGUAAACAGUUGUUUAGGCAAAAUGGGUCAGGCAGUUAUCAAGGCUGCGGACUCUGCAGGACUCAAUCUUGUUCCCUUGUCCUUUGGCUGUGCAGAGGACGCUGGGAAAACGAUCGAGGUGUGCGGGAAAGCGAUUAAGGUGCAUGGUCCUUCAGACAGAGAAAGCGUCCUAGCCUCUGUGUUCGAUGAAUACCCGAACUUGAUUGUGGUUGACUACACGGUACCUGAUGCAGUAAAUAGUAAUGCAGAGUUGUACUGCAAGGUUGGGGUGCCUUUUGUCAUGGGGACCACUGGAGGAGACAGGAACCGUUUGUACAAAACUGUGGAAGAUUCGAAUGUUUCUGCAGUAAUCUCUCCACAGAUGGGGAAGCAGGUCGUGGCCUUUCUGGCAGCAAUGGAAAUUAUGGCAGAACAAUUUCCCGGAGCCUUCUCAGGUUACUCCCUACAGGUGAUGGAGUCACAUCAAGCAGGCAAGCUGGAUGUCUCAGGAACUGCGAAAGCUGUCAUUUCUUGCUUUGAAAAGUUAGGGGUGUCUUUCGACAUGAAUCAGGUACAACUGAUCAGGGAUCCUAAACAGCAAAUCGAGAUGGUUGGGGUGCCAGAGGAACAUCUGGCCGGUCAUGCGUUUCAUAUGUACCACCUGACAUCCCCCGAUCAGACAGUUUCAUUCGAGUUCCAGCACAAUGUCUGUGGUAGAUCGAUCUAUGCUGAGGGAACCGUUGAUGCUGUACUGUUCCUUGCGAAGAAGCUCGAGGAGAAGGCGGACAAGCGGAUUUACAAUAUGAUCGAUGUGUUGCGCGAAGGCAACAUGCGGUGAUUCGGCGACUCUUCAGAAAACAUCCAGAGCCCCCUACAAGGCAGACUACAUUUCAAGGCUUUCUCGCUUUUUUCUUGCCGUUCAUAUCGAGUGGAUCUGCUAAUCUGUUGUGAUUAGCGGUGGUAGUUCAGAUGCAGAUGUAGUGCGAGCUUCCAAGUCGAGAAGCCCUGAACUAUAUUUGUUGUAUCAAAUUAAUUUCCUUUUUAAAAAGCAAUAAAGCUCGUCUAAUUAUCAUUGAAAAA